UCCUUAACCAUAUGCCACCUGCUGGCCCCCAUCUAGUUUUUAAAGCCCAUCAGGGGAUUUUGACAUGUGCUAAAUUUUAGGAACUACUAGAUGAGACAGCUACAGAAAAGAAAGGCGUCCCUCGUCCUCACUUUCAGAGGACCUUAAAAGAAAAUGACAAGCUAGGAGCCAGGCAAGCUCAGGCCAGAGCAGGGGGAAGAAAAUGACAGUGGCCCCUCCUCCCUCGUAAUCACCCAGGAUUGGCUUCAGCCCAAGGUCAGCCUUCACCAGCAAAAGGGGUUCACGUGGGUCACGUGGAGAUGAGAACUUGACUCUUGGCUCUGGGAACAGCUCAACGCUCCGUCUUUGCACAGACGCUGGCUCUUGUGGAGCGACUCCAACCCAACCCGAAGACUUAGUAAAAAUGUCCCACUCCAUCUGGUCUCCUGCUGUUUUAUUCUCUCAUCCAAGGGCUCAAUGGGAAACAAUAAUCAGCCUGACUGGGCCUUGUGGGUUGUGGCCACGCCCACCAGAUGAUUGACAAGCAAUUCAGGGGCUGGGCGUGGACCCAGGGUCUGACCCAAGCCCGAUUACUGAUUAGGCUGCAGUUUAAAAGUAGCGGGGGCUGCAAGGCUUUGGGAGGUGAGAACCUCGCUGGGUCUUAGCUUUGCUGAUUCUCAUCCCUGGGGGUUGACUUUGUGCCUUUGGAGUUCUAGCACCAGGUGGCCCAGGCCCACAUUGACCUAAGAACAUGAGUGGAGAGAAGGACGAGGCCUCCUUCAGUAUACUCAGGAUCUACGACAAACCAGAGGAGAGGAGGAAUAUGCCAGAAAGCUCUGGAAUUCCUUCUCAUGAGCAACGAGUGCUGCAGCCACUGGACAGCCCACUCGAAGGACCCCAGCAGCCCCCAGACUCCCCGACGCAGCUCGGGCCUGUUUAUCAGGAGAUGAGCAGCAUGACCCAGCAGCAGUGGGACUUCCAGGCCCGAGACAGAUCUGAGCUGCAGGCCACGUGGUUCUCAGAAGGAAAACCAGGAGGAGCAGCAGAGGCUGGCCCAAGGCAGGGCUCGCUGGAACUGGCAAGGGGGUGGUGGGCCAAGCACCCGGGAGAGGGUCUUAGUACAAAGCUCUCUGUCUCAUGCUCCUUCUCUCCAUUUGUCACAGCUUCGUGCCAGGACCUGAGUGUGGUGGGUGCUGCUAUCUGCCCACGGGCCAGCCUUCCGUCUCACAGCCCCGGAGAGGAGAACUCUGGUCCCUCCUCGCAGGGAUCCCUCGCAUCCCGGAGGAAGCGGUGGUCCGGCGGAGGACUCCCCAUAGCUGCUGGAAGGUUGGCUCGCUCUCGCACGGGAAGAAGGUCUACGCCAUUGCCAUCAGCCGCUUCACCCGCCAUGUGUACACGUGUGGUUCGGGCUGCAUCAAAGUGUGGGACGAGAGUGCCCUGCAUGCCUGGGACAAGGCCCCAUGGGCCCAGCUGGACUUGCAGGACCGCCAAGACUGUGUGCUCACCUGCCGGCUGUUCCCCAGCGAGCAGAGCCUGAUCACAGGCGGGGAGUCACAGACCCUGACGCUGUGGGACCUGGCGCCCACCCCCCGAGUCAGGGCCCUGCUGCCCGCUACAGGCCCCAUGUGCUUCUCCCUGGCUGUCUCCUCUGAUGCCCGUAUCUGCUUGGCUUGUUUCAAAGGAUUUGUGGAGAUCUGGGAUCUGCAGAACCAAAUCUUGAUCAGGAAGCAAAAGGUCCCCGAGUACGGAUCCCGGUGUGUUGACCUCACAGGCAGUACGUUCUGGACAGGAGGUGAAGACACCAACCUGUAUUCCUGGGACCUGAGGAGCUACCAGAGGCUGCAGCAGUAUGAUUUGCAAAACGAGAUCCUCUGCAUUACUCAUGACCCCAGUGGGGAAUGGGUGCUGGUGGGCGUGAGAAACGGUGAUCUCAUAAUCCUGCACACGCAUCGGAAUGAGAAGUUUAGGGUUCCUGUACAAAAAUACUUCCACUACCACAACCUCAAGUUUGCCUCCUGUGGGACGUACUUUGUGACCACACUGGACAAGUCCUUCCAUGGCUUAGCGGCACCUUCUCUGGAAAGGCUGUUUCAGGUACCAGAAAGAGGGAUGCACAAACCCAGGCCCUUGGAGCUUAUAUCCCCAGAUCCCAGGUGGUCGGAUCCCAGAGUGCAGGAAAGUACCUCUGAGACGGCAUCUGGCGCCCUUUUAUGAGGGGGGAGGAGAGAAGACUUAAGACCCUGUCAACUCAUGAGGUCCACCCUGAGCCCUGAUGCCUGGCUUGGUCUCCAGACCAAGCCUUGGGUCUAUGUGAGGCUCUGAAGGAGCCCUGAAAGGAGCCUUGUGUCUGGCUCAAGCCUUGGCCUGCAGGUGGUCCCUCUCCUGGCCUCUCAUCCCUCUAGGCAGAAGAGUCCUCAGAAAUCCUGUGUUGCGAUGUGUCCUCUGACAGCCAGUACCUGGUCACGGGCU